AUGUCUGAGCAAGAAAAGCCACAACGUGGCUACCCCCAUUCGGCACGCCAUCAGCAUUCAUCUGGGGAUAGUGACGAUGAUACCUCCAUGUCGUUCGGCAUAGGGAGGUCCAGAAUCUCAUCUUGCUUUGCGUCAAUAUGUCCGCCUUGUUCAACCAGUGACCCACCACCAGCCUACUCCGGUGUUCCAAGUACUCCAUAUGGUUAUGAAGCGAGAUCAGCCUUAUACCAAGACGCCGUGACAUCUGCUCCUAGUCAGUCGUGGAGUGGGACGCAGCCGCCGGCAAGCGCCUUUGCAUAUGAUGACUCGCCCAAUGCUCCGUACUUCCCUGACUUUCCCGUGCUGCAGCCUACACGCACGCAACCUAGUACUAGACAUGAGGAGAUGACAUACAAUUUAUCCCCGCCAGAACGCAAAUACCUGGGCCGUCCUGAUGUGCAACGGAUAGAGACUCACGUGACGAAUUUGCAAAGUCGUGGUGGCUAUGAUCAGUCGAGCUACACAAGUCCGAAUGUCGAUUCUCGUGGCCAAAUGCCCGGUGUUGGCUUUCUCCCGGCAGAUGGCGAUGAGGCUCAAGUGGGACACCAGUCGAACCUAGACAUUGUCUCAAGUCACCAGCGAGCACCACCAUCCAAGCGAGGCCCUUUCAAAAACAGCGCCGAGCGGGAGAGGACAGCCGAGACACGGAAAAUUGGGUCUUGCAUACGCUGCAGAAUGCAGAGGAUUCGGUGCGAAAUCAAUCCGGAUGACAAGAUAGGAACUUGCUUGACCUGUUCAAGAGUCACCAGCACAAAGACUUACCGACUUCCAUGUCUUCGGUACAAGAUCACUGAUGUGCGGCUCUUCAAGCCAGGCAAUGUCAAGGGCCACGAAUGGACGCGGCGGUGGACUGAGGGCAUUGCUGACGACAUCUCAAAUUGGGCAUCACCCGAAGUCAGAAUGCUAUGUGUGACUGAGGGCUAUGGCACAAGGCCCGUAAGACUUCGAGUACGCGAGUUCAUCCCCCAAGAAGGCGACAAGCUUGAGAGAAGUUGGGUGUAUCAAGGGACCAAGAAGAGCGUCAGGAUCCCAGCCUUCGCCAUUGUCAAUCUUGAUGAAGCAAAGACGAUAUAUACCGAGCAUAUCGCCAACGAGCUGAAAGAGUGCUGCCGCAAUGUGCUGAGCGACAAGCACCAGCUGCUCAGGGGAACCUAUGGGUUCGCCCUAAACUUGAUGCUUGACCCGUCAACCGACCCGAAAGAGAAGGAUCUUCUAAGCAAAGCCUUCCGGUUGUGGAUGGCCAUUCGAAUGACGACGAAAUCGACACUGAUCGUUGGGGACGAGCGCCUCGGUAUGGACGCCAACAUCAUGGACGACACAAGCCCGAUUAAGGGAAAGAUUCCGCUGCCUCCUGUGAUGGGAGCGCAGAUCGAACUGAUCCUGAUUGGCCAGCUGCAGACGAAAUGGCGAAGAGAAAUGCUUGACCAAUUGCAGACAAUGACCCAGCAGAAUAACCACUCAACAUGGUUGACGAUAUACCUGACAACAUUCAUUCUGCUUCACAACGUUUCUCUUCUCUGCCAGCACGACCAUGCAUAUGCCGUCAAGCACGGAAUGAAGGACUCGAACGGCAAACAGGCAAGCAACCCCUCCCCAUCCACCCUACAUAAAAACACACAUCGUGCCAAUAUCUUGCUGGCAUACUGGCACUACUGCAACAAAGGCAUAUAUCCGUUUUCCGGAGAGUGUUCCGAGGCAGAGCUCAGUUCACUCGCCAAGCUGGAUGUGGACAAGAUCAAAUUUGUUCAUCAGACAAGGAAUUUUGUCGAGAAAACAAAGGAACAUUGGCAAAGGAUACGCCGAGGCAACGAGUAUGAGAACGACAUGUUCUUCAUCAGCCAGCUUUUUGAGGAGAAAUGGAUACCAGAGGCGCCCUUGGCCUGA